CACCUUCAUAUAUUAAUACCCAAUUUUUUUUUUUACCCCUUGUGAUGGCUUUGUGCUUGGUAAUUGAUGUUCUUCCUAGAUUUUCGCCUUUAUUAUAGGCAAUUCUGUUUCUUUCUCUCUCAAGCUUGCAUGGUGUUGGCUGUGUGGAAUUUUUCUGCUGCAGAUAAGUAGCUUGGCUUCUCUAUUACUGAACAUUGAGGAUUUUUUUUUUCGGUUUGAAUGUUUUGGUGCGUUUUCUAUGUAACUAUUGGUGAAUUUGGGAAAUUUGGAACUGGGUAUUUUAGUGAAGUUUUUCUUUGAGAUUUUGAGCUUGGUAUUGAGUUCUGAAAAGGGUUUGUGUUUGUUUGCCUGGUGCGAAUUGAAUAUACAUGUUUGAGGAUCUAUGUAGCUGGAGAAUUUGAUGAGAUGCUUAAAAAGGUGAAAAUGAGAAAUGAGUUUGCUUAGCUUGAUAAGAGCAUAAAGCAUGUUAAUUGGCUUUCAGAGAGAGAAAAAUGAACAGUAAAUAAGGUUUUAGGAAAAUGGGCUCAUGGGUAUGAUCUAAUUCGUUCUGGAAAAGAAAAUGGAAGGGAAUUUGUCACAAGGAGGUAUGAUGCCUGGUGGGGCUCCUUUUGGAGGUCUUGACUUGCAAGGAUCAAUUAGACUUCGUCAUCAAGCUCCGUACGCACAUACUGUAAACCAGCAACAACACCCUGGUCAUCGCCAAGGCUCCUCAAUCCAUCCCUCAGUUCAUGAGGCUUUCCCUCUUACCAUAGGAACGGUGGACAACUCUGAUCAAACCAUUUCCAUGACUAAUUACAACAAGGGAGAUAAGGGGAAAAAUCCGGCAAGUGACGAGGAUGAGCGGAGCUAUACAGAAGAUGGUGCUGAUGGUCACAAUGAAGCAAGUAGAGGGAAAAAGGGGUCAGCAUGGCAGCGUGUUAAGUGGACUGAUAAGAUGGUGAGGCUUUUGAUAACUGCGGUAUCUUACAUAGGCGAGGAUACGUCUUCAGAUAGUGAAGGUGGGAUGAGAAGGAAAUUAGCAGUCUUACAGAAAAAGGGCAAGUGGAAAUUGGUUUCCAAGGUCAUGGCUGAAAGAGGUUUCCAUGUUUCACCGCAGCAGUGCGAGGAUAAAUUCAAUGACCUUAACAAAAGGUAUAAAAGGCUCAAUGACAUGCUUGGGAGGGGCACUUCUUGCCAAGUUGUAGAGAACCCUGCACUUUUGGAUGUUAUAGAUUAUCUAACAGAUAAAGAUAAAGAUGAUGUUAGGAAAAUCUUAAGCUCAAAACAUCUAUUCUAUGAAGAGAUGUGUUCAUACCACAACAGUAAUAGAUUGCAUCUGCCUCAUGAUCCAGCAUUGCAACGUUCCUUGCAGUUGGCUCUUAGAAGUAAAGAUGAUCACGAUAUUGAUGAUAUGAAAAGGCACCAACAGGAUGAUCUUGAUGAAGAUGAUCAAGAAGUGGAAACUGAGGAUCAUGAUGAAUUUGAGGAGAAUCAUACUUCACGUGGGGAUAGCAGGGGAAUAUGUGCGGUCUCAGGGGGCUCUGUGAAAAGGUUGAGACAUGGCCAGGGCCAUGAAGAUGCUUGUUUUGGGCAUUCAUCUCAGGAUGGUAACAAAGGUUCCUAUUCUCACCUGCAGAUCGGUCAGGUCGAUAUGAAUCAAAUGUCGUCUGAAAGUACGAGAGCAGCAUGGUCACAGAAGCAGUGGAUGGAAUCUCGCACAAUUCAGUUAGAAGAGCAAAAGUUACAAAUUCAACUUGAGACGUUAGAACUGGAAAAGCAGCGAUUCAAGUGGAAAAGAUUUAGCAGGAAAAGAGAUCAUGAACUAGAGAAGAUGAGGAUUGAAAAUGAAAGGAUGAAGCUUGAGAAUGAGCGAAUAGCAUUGGAGUUGAAGCGCAAAGAAAACAGUGUUGAUUUUAAUUAAUUGUCUGGUCCUAUCCGAUUUUGUUCAUCGUAUGUCAUAUUGCUUUCAGUUUUGGUAAUAUUCUGUUCUGCAGUAUCUGUUAGGAGGAGAAUCUUGUUGGAAAUAUUACUCUGCCUUUUUAAAUUGUGUAAACUUGAGGUAUUGAAAUACCAUUAUCUAGUUAUAUUGUUUGACUUUAGUGGAAUAGUAUUGUGUUUGGUUGAA